AUGGCUGACGAGUACGCAGACUUGAAGCAGAUGUUGCAGCAGCAGCUGAAGCUGAUGGAGGCUCUGACCGUCAAGCUAUCCAAUUCAUCCAUGGGGCAAUCAAGCGCGGCUGGUGGUUCACAAUCUGUUGAUCACAUUGCCGGCAGCAUCACUGAAUUCCUGUAUGACCCGCAUGCCCAUAUCACCUUUGAGUCCUGGUACAAACGAUACGAGGACUUGUUCUCUGUCGAUCUGGCUGCUCAGGACGAUGCAUGGAAGGUUCGACUCCUACUUCGCAAACUGGGUCCGGCUGAACACGAACGUUAUGCAAACUUCAUCCUCCCCAAGAAUCCGCGAGAGGUCGCUUUCAAAGACACGGUUGAGACGUUGUCGCAGGUUUUUGGUGAUCAAUCAUUCCUUUUCAACACUCGAUUUCAGUGCCUGCAGCUGUGCAAACGCGAUUCCGAUGAUUUUAUCACGUAUGCGGGCAUUGUCAAUCGUGAGUGUGGGCGUUUUCAACUCGGUUCUCUCACUGAAGACCAGUUUAAAUGCCUUAUAUUUAUCUGCGGCCUCCAGUCCCCCAAGGAUGCUGAUAUCCGGACACGUCUCCUGUCCAAAGUGCAGCAGAACAACUCUACCACACUCCAAGAGCUGGCAGCAGAGUGCCAAACGCUGAUCAAUCUCAAGCCUGACUCUGCAAUGAUUCAGAAUCCUGCCUCAUCUUUCUCAGUCCAUACGGUCACAUCGACCAAAUCGCAUCCUGUUACACGGCCCAAGCAAGUGUCCAAGUCGAGAUCUCCGCCAUCUCCUGGUCGGCACUGUGGCGCGUGGCAUUUCCACCGGGAUUACACUUUCCGCCGAGCAUCGCUUUCUGUGGUUGACGCCUGCCUCAUGUUUGCAGAACGUGUGGUGAUCCCAUCUUCCCUCCGACCCACUGCACUACGCCAGUCCCAUGCCGCUCAUCCUGGUACCAGCCGAAUGAAGUCAUUUGCUCGCAGUUUUGUUUACUGGCUGGGUAUCGACGGCGACAUCGACGACCUGGUUUGA